UAGCAUUACGUCAGCCUAGACUGCUAACCCAGAGUAGACCAGCAAGCUGCCAGCGGGAGGGCUAUAAAAGGGGUGAUGCAACGCGCUCCAAGCCACAGUCGCACUCCGCGAAGCGCGCACUACACAACUCUCUCCCUGCGCCGCAGCCGGAGCCGACCCGCCAGCCCGCGCGCCGGCUGUGAGUCCUCGGUGCUCGACCGACCGCCGGACAGAAAAACAGCCGGACCCUGGCCGUCACGAGCGGAGACUGGAGCAAAAUGAUGCUUCAACACCCAGGCCAGGUCUCUGCCUCGGAAGUCAGUGCCUCCGCCAUCGUCCCCUGCCUGUCCCCUCCUGGGUCACUGGUAUUUGAGGAUUUUGCUAACCUGACACCCUUUGUCAAGGAAGAGCUGAGGUUUGCCAUCCAGAACAAGCACCUCUGUCAUCGGAUGUCCUCUGCACUGGAGUCAGUCACCGUCAGCGACAGACCCCUGGAGAUGUCGGUCACAAAAGCUGAGGUAGCUCCUGAGGAAGAUGAAAGGAAAAAGAGGCGACGGGAAAGGAAUAAGAUCGCAGCUGCCAAGUGCCGAAACAAGAAAAAGGAGAAGACAGAGUGCCUGCAGAAAGAGUCAGAGAAGCUGGAGAGCGUGAAUGCCGAACUGAAGGCCCAAAUUGAGGAGCUGAAGAAUGAGAAGCAGCAUUUGAUAUACAUGCUCAACCUGCAUCGGCCCACGUGUAUUGUCCGGGCUCAGAAUGGGCGGACUCCAGAAGAUGAGAGAAACCUCUUUAUCCAACAGAUAAAAGAAGGAACACUGCAGAGCUAAGCAGCAACUGGGAGUCCUCAUCGAAUACUCCUUUUUCCACCUAAAACCCUGAAGCCAUUGGAAAGCCGACUUCCUGUGCACCUCUAGAAUCCCAGCAGCCGAGAACCACUGAGGCAGGAGGGCCCAUGGUGACUCGAGAGGGCCUUCCCACUCUGCUGCAGAGUGAACUUUGGACCAGGUCAAGAGCAUCCUCUGCCUCAACUCCAGGAUUUAGGCCUUGACGUACUGGCUGUUCUUAGAUGUUCCAGAUGGCCCCUGAUUAGGGUCCUGCCUGCUUUCAUGUGAGUUCUACAAGAACCAGGAUGCCCAUCAUUAGGAUUCAAGCAAAAGGGUCUGUACCUUGGAUGGGUGGAGUGGCGCCAUCUCUUCCACUGCAGCUGCCGCUGUUGCUCAUA